AAGCUGUAGUCACAUGCCGGAAAACGGGGAGCGGGAAGGCAGGAAGCAGGAGUGAAAACAUUUCUUACAAUGAGAACAACGUUAUUGCGCUCCUCAUUAGGUUGCGUGCUGAGAGUUUUUGGACCAGCACCUGCUUCUAGCAAUAAAGCCGUCACACAAGCAGUCGCUCCUCAUCUCUAUUAUUCGAGAAAAACGAUGCACUAUCAAACGGAGCAGAGGGGACCCCUGAAUUCAACCGACUACCGUCUUUAUUUUAAAACCUCUGAGGGAAGGUACAUCUCACCCUUCCAUGACAUCCCUCUCAUAGCAGAGUCUGAACAGGAAAAUGAUGCACCAGCCAAAAAAGCUAAGACGGAUACAGAGGUGAUCUAUAACAUGGUAGUGGAGGUACCACGGUGGUCAAAUGCCAAAAUGGAGAUUGCGACAAAAGAACAGCUGAAUCCUAUCAAACAGGAUGUGAAGAAAGGAAAGCUCAGAUACGUUGCUAACGUAUUUCCCCACAAAGGUUACAUUUGGAACUACGGCGCACUCCCACAGACAUGGGAGGACCCAAACCACAAAGAUGAGGAAACAAGCUGCUGCGGGGACAAUGAUCCCAUUGAUGUCUGUGACAUCGGCACUCAGGUGUGCUCCUCGGGUCAGGUGAUCCAGGUCAAAGUGCUAGGCAUUUUGGCCAUGAUUGAUGAAGGAGAAAUGGACUGGAAGGUUAUUGCUAUUAAUGUGGAAGAUCCUGAUGCCAAAAACCUAAAUAAUAUAGAGGACGUUCGCAAAAGCAGACCGGGUCAUUUAGAAGCCACUGUGGACUGGUUCCGGAAAUAUAAGGUGCCUGAUGGAAAGCCGGAGAACAGCUUUGGAUUCAACGGGCAAUUCCAGGACAAGGAUUUUGCCAUUAAGGUCAUUAAUUUAACCCAUGAGCACUGGAGGGCACUGGUGCAGAAGAAAACAAAUGCUGAGGGGAUUGUUUGCAAAAACAUCACUUGCUGUGAUAGUCCUCACGUAUGCGGUACUGAUGAGGCUGAUGGUGUUGUCCAGUCGGCUCCUGCCGCUGGUCCUGCCAACCCUGUUUCUAAAGAAGUUGACAGGUGGCAUUUCGUCUGAAGACCUCAAAACUCCACGGGACCUUUCUUUACACCUGCAACAGCAACAUCAGUCUUAGUGUUUGCAGGUAGUGUCAUUUUUGAAACUCAAUGAUCAGUGCAAACUGAAAUUUUCAUUAUAAUUUAAUACAAUCUUGAGGUUAAUUAAAGACUAAAACAAUCACUUUUUCCUUUUCUAAUAUCUGCUAUUUUGCUUAGAUUGCGCAGCAUUUUUAUGUUUCCUUUUCAAAGUAAAGGCUGAAAGGACACUAUCUCUAGACAACAACAUAAAGCCAAAACGUUGUUUUGUUUUUUAUACAUUUGGAUGAAUUAAUAAAGAAAAAAGAGCAAA